ACAAUGGGGUCAAUUCACAAAGAUAAACGUUAUCGCUUUCACCUAGUAGAUAAAUUACCGCCCCUUAUCUAACGCUAGUAACCAUGGUAUUCACGAAAGCUUCAAUCGUUAUUUAAUGUAGUCGUUAUGGUUGUCAACUGACUCGUUAUCCAAUCGUUAUGGUUACGUUUCUAACGUAAAUCUCAUUUAGAAGAACGGUAUUCUAACGAAUCAAUCGUUAAUUUAAUGUCCCAAAGCGUAAUAAUAACGUCUACGCUCGUUAAUUAACGCCGGAGAGAUGCAUUCUGGGAGCAGAAGAGGAGGAGAAUAGUUCAUCCUAACCACGUGUUUCCUCUGUAAUUGCGUCCUUUGACCCGGAUCUGGAAAAGUAAAUAAAAGAAAACACAACUGGAGCUCGAGCGCGUGGUGUGGGUGGAAAAAACAGCAGCAGCAGCAGCAGAAAACAUGAGGCCGAGUCUAAGAUCGCUGUUUGAGCAAAUUGUUAAUUCGCCCAUCGAACAGUCAGAAGAACAUUCAAGCUCCAAUGAGGAAAAUGACAAUAAUGGAUCUGUCAAGUCAGUGGGUCAUGUACCCGGAAAUCUAGCUGCUAUGGUGCGCACCCAAAAAAAAAAUAUGACGGUAGAUACUAAAGAUAAAUCACAGACAUCAUCGAAGCCUAAGAAACCUGAUUCCAAGGCACAGACCACUCCUCCUGGGAAUAUUAACUCACUUAAAAAACGAAAUAAAAGAAAAAAUUCAGAAAAGGAACGCAAAAAGGAGACACCGUCACCCAAGGAUGUGGGUCCAUCCAAAUUUACGGAAACAUUUGGGGAAUGUAUUAAGAUCAAAACUGCGUAUGAUACCGCACAAAAAUCAACAUCAGAAUCACAACAAAGACACAAAUCAACAAAAUCGACGCAUGAAGAUUACAAGCAAUCCAAAACAUACCCAAAAGCUAAGCACCAAAAGCAGCAGCCUGAGUUUGGUAAGAGCAAUUUCCACCAUCAAGACAAAUCUGAAUGUAGAGUUAGUAAAGCAAGCAAGUCCCAUCCAGAACCUAGACCACCCAUGGAAUCAUCUCAGCAAUCACUAUUCUCUACUGAAGUGCCAAAAAAGAUCUCCAAGCCAGCAAGGUCAGAUGUCAUCAUGUCAUCUAAUCCUGCCUCGCCAGUGUUAAUAGACGGAGAUGAAUUUUCGACAGAGAGUGAAUCUGAGAAUCCAGCAGUUCGUCCAGGCAAAAAAAUCCUUAAGGAAAAAAAGCGAAUCCGAAAUCGAAAAUUCACAUUCCAUGAAAACCUAGUCUUAAUUGAGAACCUUGUUCCACAUUUUCACAAGCUCCUUGGAAACAGAGCAGCUGCUACGGAGUCAGCAUGGAAAAACACAAUCUGGAAGCAAAUUGCAGAUGCAGUUACGAGUGUGGGUGUCUCUCCACGAUCAGCAGAUAACGUACGUAAGCGGUACCAGGACAUUCGGCUUCUACUAAGGCGCAAGAUUUCGGAUGAAAACAAGAGCAGAAAAGCAACAGGGGGUGGCCCUGAGAAGAAAAUAGUUUACCACCAGUAUGAAGAGUUACUGCGUCCAUACAUAGAUCUAGAUUCCAUUGUUGGCAUCAAGGCUGGUUUUGAUACCUCGAGGCACCAUGAAAACGAGGGUGCUGACAAAAGGCAGUUAGUGUCAGAAGCAGAAAUUGAAAGUGACCACUCUUUGAAUGCACAGCCGUCUGUCUACUUCCAGGUGGAGGAUGAUCCACCAAGCAACCCUGAGGAAUCAAUCACCCUUUUCCUAGAAGAAUCUAGUCAUGAAAAUGCUAGUAAUGUAAAUGCUUCUGAAGUAAUGCCAAACCCAACUGUGUCCAACCAUAUAACUUUAGAUACACCCAUCCUGGGUACUCCUGAUGUGGUUGCUACUGAACCCCCAGAGUUAAGCAGACCUAGAGACAGGAGAACAAUUUGUAGGACACGAAACAUGGAUAGGGAACAGUACCAUUUUGAUAGAGAACAGAGUGAUAGAUUUCAUAGUGAACAACAAAAUUUUAGAGAACAGCUCAUGCAGAGAUUGGAUAACCUAAAUAGUAACAUAUGCAAAUCUAAUAUUCUCCUAGAGCAACAUAAUGAAGCUCAACACACCUAUCGCCAGCAGAAGCUCUCCUUUAUGGCCAAACUAACUGAACUCUUAGAAGCACAUCUGCCAUCUCCUGGUGAGCAAUCUCAUAAUGCUCGGAAUCUAACCAGCAGCAACCACAGCAGUUUUGUUUGUGAAAGUAUUAUCGAAAAUGAUGCUAUUGAUAAUUUUACUAUUCAGGAUAUUUAA